AUGAGUUUGAGCGUCGAUGAGAACGAAAACAUCGUGAAGAGAGCCUCAGAAACCACCCAUUUCUUGCUUGGACUGAUCAGUAAAUGCGAUGUUCACCUGCUGAAACCAGACGCCUUGGACAAGUCGAUGGUGCUGAAGUGUAUACAUCUGAAGUAUGACACAGAUAAAGUCAACCUUGACCUCACCCACAUCAACACAGAGGGGGACUUGAUCAACAGCAUGUCUGACACCAGGUCUGCAAGGAAAGGGAGACUGACGAACUUCUGUGGCACAUGCAGCACUAUCCCUCUCCCCUUGGCCGAUUGUCCCCAGCACUGGGAGACGGAGACCAGGGUCGGACUGGACAAAACACUCACAAGGAGGAGUCUCAUCCUGGAGGUUGGUGUCUGUGCUGAUGGAGAGAUGGGCAUGACUCACCUUGUAGCCCGUCGUCCCCAUGCCUACAGUUUGACCGUCCACCACUGUACUACUCACAAAGGGAUAUGUAGGGUAACCUGGAAGGAUGAAAAACCUGUGUUACAUCUACCUGACACCAUCCCCAACACAGCAGGGGCAUCACACAGUCUACACUACGGUGUUGUCUAUGAUGACGCCAGGAAGAAGAUUGUCUUCAUUGAUGUGAAGGAGAACAAGAUGAUGUCGACGUUAGACAAUGUAGACUCCAGUCAGCCCUUGUGGCCGAUGUUCGGGGUGUACAGCACAUACCUCCUCACUGUCAGCAUGAGACCUGUGGUGGGCAGCGACAUCAACCUGACAGAGGAGAAGAAAGCAAUGAUUGUCGAGGCGCUGUCGUGAUAUCGUGUUAUGACGGGGAAGAAGAAAGCUCUAGUUAUAAGACACUGUCAUGAUGCCAUGUUUUGACACCGGCGGCCAUGGUGGUGAGUAGGAACACACGGAGAUAUGUACCAGCGAUAUCAACAUGACAGGGGAGAAGAAAGCUCUAAUUAUAAGACACUGUCAUGGUGCCAUGUUUUGACACCGGCGGCCAUGUCGUGAGUAGGAACACGCGGAGAUAUGUACCAACGAUAUCAACAUAGCGGGGGAGAAGAAAGCUCUAGUUAUAAGACACUGUCAUGAUGCCAUGUUUUGACACCGGCGGCCAUGUCGUGAGUAGGAACACGCGGAGAUAUGUACCAACGAUAUCAACAUAGCGGGGGAGAAGAAAGCGCUCUAGUUAUAAGACAC